ACUACUUGAUCAGACACAUAUAUACAUAUAUACAUACAAUGGCCCCUGCUGCUACAAAGUCAAAGAAAUCACCUGUAAAGAAGAUACAAAAGACAGUUGCUGAAAAGGCAACUGAAACUGGUUCUAAGAGAAAGCGUGUUUCUGUUGAAGCACCCAACAAGAAGAAGACACCUGCUGCUUCCAAGAAGACAGUAAAGAAGGAAGAAAGCAGCGAUGAUGAAGAAGAAGUUGUUGCUUCCAAGCAAGAAGAAGAUGAAGAAGAAGAACUUACUGAAGAACAAGAAGAAGCCUUGAGAAAGGAAAUUUUGGGUGACAUUGCCAGUAGUAGCGAGGGUGAAGAUUCUUCAGACGAAGAAGCUGAUGGUAUCGAUAAAAAUGAAAGCGUUGUUGCUUUGGACGGAAAGAAAUUAAAUGAAAGUAAGGCCGAAACAAAGGAAGCUUUUGAUAAGAAGAAGGCAGCUAAAUCAGCCAAGUCUACUAAGGCUGAGGAAGAAAAGGGUGUUAUUUAUCUUGGUCGUAUUCCUCACGGUUUCUAUGAAAAAGAAAUGAGGGGUUACUUUAGUCAAUUUGGUGACAUUACUCGACUUCGUCUUUCUCGUAACAAGAAGACCGGCAAGCCUAAGCACUAUGCUUUUAUUGAAUUCCAAUCUCGCGAAGUUGCUGAAAUUGUUGCAGAAACCAUGGACAAUUACCUCUUGUUUAGCCAUAUGCUCAAGUGUCAAGUUGUUCCUCCUGAGAAGGUCCAUGAAAAGCUAUUCAAUGGUAGCAAUGCAGUCUAUAAGCCCUUCAACUACGAACUCCGUAACCGUCAAAUUCACAAUAAGAGAAAGACACCUGAACAAUUAGAAGCUAAGCAUAAACAACUUCAAAAGACUGAAAAGAAAUUACGUGAGGCAAUCAAGGAUGCCGGUAUUGACUAUGAUUUCCCUAGCUUCUCAUAAAUUUCCCCAUCACUCAUAUCUUCAUCCCAUUCAUUCUUAUUAAGAGAAAGUUGUAAUUAAUCAGAAUAAACAAAUCUAUCAUGCCCUGAUAUCAAAAGUCACAAAACUCAAGUCACAUGAUCAAAAGGGCAAAA